GGGCCCAUGGGCUUGUUUCAGCCCAUAGCUGUCCAAAAUGAUCCUCCACACUCUACCAGUCCACAGAUAUUGACAGAAACAGGAAAAUCGCAUGCUGUCCACCGCGUACUGUAGCAUAAACUGCUCCUUCAAAAACUCAAAGGGUUUCCGUUUUUUUCCAUUGAAGCGUUUUUCGAGUCUAAGAGAAAAUGGCGAAUCCGAGAUGCUAUUUGGACAUAAGCCUUGGUGGAGAGCUUGAAGGAAGAAUGGUGAUUGAACUUUACAAAGACAUUGUUCCUAAAACCGUUGAAAAUUUCAGGGCUCUUUGUACUGGUGAGAAAGGCAUUGGCCCUAACACCGGUGUUCCCCUCCAUUUCAAGGGUUCUUGUUUUCAUCAUGUCAUCAGAGGCUUUAUGUUACAAGGCGGGGACAUUUCUGCUGGAAACGGCAGUGGUGGGGAAUCAAUUUAUGGCUUGACAUUUGAAGAUGAAAAUUUUAAACUCAAACAUGAAAGAAAAGGGAUGCUUUCUAUGGCUAAUUCUGGUCCAAAUACAAAUGGGUCUCAAUUUUUCAUCACUGCUUCUCAAACACAUGUUCUAGAUGGAAAGAAUGUUGUAUUUGGACGAGUAAUCAGGGGUUUGGGGAUGAUUCGUGUAAUUGAACAUAUUAAAACAAGUGAAAAUGGUUUUCCUGAUCUUCCUGUGAUAAUAGAGGACUGUGGAGAAAUUCCAGAGGGUGUAGAUGAUGGCACAACUAACUUCUUUAAAGAUGGUGAUACUUACCCUGAUUGGCCAAUAGACCUUGACGUGAAACCAGACGAGGUUGCUUGGUGGAUAAAUGUUGUUGACUGUAUCAAAGCCUUUGGCAAUGAACAUUUCAAGAAGGAAGACUAUAAGAUGGCUAUCAGAAAGUACAGGAAGGCUGUUCGUUAUACCGACUUAUGCUGGGAAAAGGAAGACAUUGAUGAAGUAAAAAGCGAGUAUUUGAGGAAGACAAAGUCCCAGAUACUUGCAAAUAGUUCUGCCUGUAAACUGAAGUUAGGAGAUCUAACUGGAGCAUUGAUAGAUGCUAAUGAUGCAAUUUAUGAUGGAGAAGACAAUGUCAAAGCUUUUUACCGCCAAGGCCAGGUAUAUAUGGCAAUGAAUGCUAUAGAUGCAGCGGCUGAAAGUUUUAAGAAGGCGCUGCAGUUAGAGCCAAACAAUGGGGGGAUAAAGAAGGAGCUGGCUGCUGCAAUGAAGAAGAUUGCUUAUAAACUAGAGCAGGAGAAGAAGGGUUAUGCUAAAAUGUUUCAGUAAAAUUUCCAGUGUUCACAAUAGAAGUAUAGUGGUCAGGUUAACUUUUGGGCCUCAAAACAGCUAGAAUCAGGAUUUGCUUCUUAUGGAGUACAAAAACGAAGGAUUUGUUCUCAACUUCUCAUAGAGUACAAAAACUAACUGUGGUUAUCAAAGUUUGAGCCGAUUUCUGACUUGACUUUUAAUUCUGCUUAGUGGGCAUUCUUCUGUUGAAUACAAAAUAUAUAGCACUGAAUAUACCUCAACGUGUUUUGUACAGAAAGUGAAAGGGAACUUAAUGCAGGAUAAAGUAUCUUUCCAUUUUAUAAUAUAAUGAUAUGGAUGCCCCAAACUUGGUUAUCUGUGGCUUCCGCAAAGUCCUUUGUCUCAGCUUACUCAAUAUUUUUAACCUCUUGAUGUGCAA